AUCACACCUGGUGGCACUUCCUCUGCGUUUUCUGCCUUUCACUUUGUCAGUAUUCCCUUCUAGACUGCUUGACUUUAUUUGACUGUUGCAGUUAAGUCUUUCCCUUCACAUCGUUCUGAAUUCAAGAAAACUGGAAAGCAGGACUCCCCAGGAGAUUCAAGUUGAUGGAAAAACUGCCAUCAACCGCUGAAAAUGAGUUAACUAGAUCCACGCAUUCAUUUCUGAACAUGAGCACACUUGCUAUUCUUUGUUGGUGAUUGGAACUCUCCCGUGCAUUCUCCAUCCUGCUUCGGGUGAUUUGUUGCUUCUAAAACCAGGCACCUUCAGCAUUCCCAACAUGUGGUUUGCUGUGUUUCCACCUCUUAAAUAGGAGCUGCAACUAAUUUAUUGUGUGGUAUAAUUUUGCAGAAAAGCUGAUGAAGUUUUAUCUUCCAGCUUCUGGAUUUCAGCUUCUCAGAUCCUGAGUACCUCUGAGGGAAGUUGCGUUUUGUCUUCUCCUGCAACUCUGAGUCCUGCAAGACACCUUGUUACUGCAAUAUUUUCCUUAGUUCAUGUCCCAUUAUUCUUUUCUGUAUCCAUGCUGUGAUUGUUGACUCUUGUCUGUACUGCAAGGGUCUGUGAAAGUAUAUUCAAGGUUCUCCAGUGCCUAUUUCUAGGAGUUCACUUGUCAUAACCAAGUACCACUGUCUGGUGGUUCAGGAGCUGGCCGUUCUGCACUUCCAGGUGCUACCUUGUUGUUCCCAGCACACUGAUCUGACACAUAUAUUUGUGAAGAGAAAUAACCACAGGUCACUCAUGAAAAUCUCCAUGACUGGAGCAGGUAGAAAACAGGUGAGAAUCUUUACUUAUAGAACUGUGGAAAGAUGUAGAGGAAGACUGAGCUCAUAGUGCUGGUGUUAUGGAGCAGGAGAGAGAAAUAAGUUUCUGCCAUUUUGGAAACACAAGACAUUUGCAAUGGUUCCAGCGCCUUUCACUGAGGUGAUAACCUCUACCACCACUGGUCCCAGCUGCCUAGUACCAGGACUGGUAAGGAGAUUCUGUGCAGGCCAGCACAGAGUUUGGCUACUGUCAUCACUUUGAGACUCUCUAUCCCAGAGUGGGACAGAGCUGUUAGUCACCUGAAUGUUGUGAGGCCACCUGUUGAUUUGCUGGGAACAGUAGCUUGGUUUGUGAUGCUGAAAAGAAAGUAAUUUACUGUCUCUCUGCUUUAGACCCUGUGCACACAGCAAAGUGCUUUCACAUGAGAGUGCUUGCACAGACCUUCAUCUUGGUCAAAUGGCCUGGAUAGCAACAACUGAUAAAACAGGAAUGUGAACAUAAGGAGCUGUGUGAACUGAAUACCUGAAACGAUCUGGGAGGGCAUUUGCCCCAAACCCACUAUUGUUAAAGAAGAACGUGGCCAUCAACUGGCUUAACAGUAACCAGGGAAUUAGUGAAAGGCUUUUGAGACAGAGAAGAACUAGUCUGAAAAACAAGUUUAGAACAGCAAGAACAUUUUUCACAGAGAGAAGAGAGAGAAGUGGGAAGGAAGUGGCAGUUGAAAUCUGGUUUGUCAGUUGCCCUGCAACAGAGCAUCCUCCCUGUGGGAUGCCAUGGGUAGCCUGCAUUCCUGGCAGUAAGGGGUGUGACAUGUACAAACCCACAACUUCAGUGUGUGUACAUGACCUUGUGCUUUCUCACUGGCCUGUGGGUUAGCAGACUGUAGGAAGUGGCAUGGAUACACACUGGCCCUAUGACUCCAGCAGGAAGUGUGUGAGAACAGGGGAACCCCUGCUCCCAGAAAAGGGGAUGUGUUCUUGCAGACUGUACUUCCUGUGGCAGGGGUGGGAAGUUGCUCAAGUAAUCACGUGAAUGUGUGUGUAUGUGGAGGUUUUGGGAAUGUAUGUAUGUGUAUGUAGAGCUUUUGGGAAUGAGUUACGUAAAGGUGUUUAGAAAUUUGUAGGUGUUUAUUAAUAUUUUGUGUCUGGUAUUGUGCUUUAUCUGUUGGAUUGCUGAUAGUGACCCUGAAUAUAUAGGUCAUGGUCUGUCAGUUAGUUACAAGUCAUGAAUAAAUUGGUAAACUGCUUAGAUCCAUCCUGAUUAGAUUAAACCACAUGAACUCAGCACAUUUUCCUUCUGACAAGUUUUGUACCCUCUGCAUUCUCCAUACUGAUCAGCCAAAGUCAGCUCCCCACCCAUAUGCGCAAAAGCAAGUAUAUUUUAGAGCAAUAACAAAGAACAAUGCAUUCUCAUUUUUGGGUACCUGUGGUGCAAUUCAGUUCUGUUCUCCAGUGUGGCAGCUAGGAACUUUAAAAAAUGUCACUUGAGAAUCUCUCACUGCGCUUCGAAUCCAGUAGCUAGUACCUUCUAGUAGCUCAUACCUUCUACAACAAUACCAGCAAGCAUGCGUAGGGACCAUCUUUCCAAUGCAACAGAGCUGUUGGAUGAUUCGACCCUGCCUGCAGCCUGUCGUGCACAAAAAAACAUAUUCAGAGGAUAUUUUCUACAUACAAUUUAGGCUUGUCCUCAUUGGUAACCAGUUUUGUGCCCUGCUCUUUUGAGACUUCAACUGAUAUGCUUGUGCUAUUGUGUUAGCUUUCCCAUUCCUUCCUCAGUGCACCCAUGCAUGCCUCUUCACAGGGAGAAACUAGCUGAUGGGACAUGGAAGACCAAAGGCUGCGUACCCACCCCAGUCCAUUCAGAGUACCAAGAGAUCCAAGGGAUUCUUUAUCCUUAGGGGUAUCCUUAGUCCUUAGGGACACUUUAUCCUGCAGGAUAUUGAAUCAGGUCGCCUUGCUCAGUGCUAGAACCACCACUUAUGGCUGUGCCUUUUGUAGUCAUGACCAAGUAAAACUUCAUGAUCUGUAAUGCACAGGGAUUCUGGCACCGUCUACUGAUCCCUUUUAACCUCCAGCUCCAUAAUGACAGGUCAUAUGCAAACCCUCCACUCAAAGUUUCAUCCUCUUUUUAUGAGCAAUUAGUUAAAAAGAGUGUUGGCAAGUUCUUUGCUGUUCUCUGGGUUACUGGGCUCAGGCUUCACAUAGGGACUUGCCCAGACUGAGUCACAGGUAUGCUUUCCUGCCAUUUUUUGACAGUUGCCCUUUUGCAGGACAUUGUGAGUGGGUCUAGCCCUUUUCUAGCAAAUACCAACAGCAUACACAUUUUCAUGCACAUACUCAUUCACCGAGGAAGAACAAACACCAGAGAGGUAAGGCCAGUGGUACAUCCUGUGAGACUUCUUGAAUAUGUGCAAAAGGAGGUCUGAUCUGGAAUGAUACUACUCUUCAUCUGUUUUCAUUUGCCUCUGUGAGUUUCUGUGUUGCAACAAGCACCUUGUGAAAUGCUGUGACAGAGAAAUGAUGAAAAUUCCCCCAUCUCCAUGUGCUUCGGGGAACACCCAAGAUAUGGCUUUUUCUGCACAAUGGAUUAGAGACUGUGAAGGCUCCUUGCCAGUGUGGGAGCUGCCCUAGUGCAGUCUUCAGUUCAGGAGGAAGGCUGUAUUCGUGGCCAUAUUGGCAAUGUGGACUCUUGUUGGAGAAGAGUGAUACUGUGGUAGAGAUAAUGAAUCACCGAGGGAGAGUCAGUCCUGGAACUGCAGCCCCAGCAGAAGAGAGAAGCUGCUCCUGGCUGAACCCCUGGGUCUUCCUUGUUUCUGCCCUUGCCAUCAAAACUGCCUUUGUAACCAUCUGCCUUGUUGUUUUCCUUCACGGAAGCUAUGGCCAGUACAAGACGCUGCUCCAGAACGCUACAGAGUGGCGAUGUGUCCCCAACGUAUCUGCAGGCAAAAGGGAGGGCUGGAUAUGCUGCCCGAAGGGCUGGAAACGCUUUCAAGAAAAGUGUUAUUACAUAUCAGAUGACAAGAUGAGCUGGACUGAGAGUGCACAGAACUGCACUGGGAUGGGCUCCCACCUGGUGGUGAUCAACACCAAAGCAGAGCAGGAAUUCCUCUUCAACUUGGCAAAAGGAGUAGUUACUAAUGCCUAUGAAACAAAAUACUACAUAGGCUUAACUGCUUACGAAAAUGGGCAAUGGCAGUGGGUGGAUCAGACUCCAUAUAAGAAGGCAGCCACGUUCUGGAAACCCGGGGAACCCAAUUUACUCUUUGCAGAAAAAUGUGCUGCAAUUCACAUCAAGGGAAACAGAGACUCCAACACUUACAGUAACUGGAAUAACAUCAUUUGCUUCACAAAUUGCUAUCGCAUUUGUGAACUGGCAGUCAAAUAUGUCUGAGGAAGGAAACUCCACUUUGGAUGAAGGACCUGAAGGAGUAUCCUUGAGAAAGGGCAGCUCAUGAAAGAGCUGAUGAAAAGGUGGUCAGAACCCACACAAAUGCUUUAUCUUGCAGUGUAUGAUGUAUGGAUGAGCAAGCCUGCCACAGAAUCCCACCUCUGAAGGACCUCAGUUCCCAGCCUGUGCCCCUGCAUCUCUUUCCAAACUGAAGAUCAGCCUUGGAUGAAAUCACUCAGGCUGAUGUCAAGGAUCUAUUGUGCCCCUUUUCACUCUCCUCCUUCGUAGAUGGGUGCCCUGGUCCUCCAGUACUUUCCUUGACUCCAGGUCCAGGUCAAUGAUGCCAAAAAGGCCCUCUCUCUGUUUCAUGAAAGGAUACUGGUGCUACAAGUCACUGGAGCAGAAUUUGAAAGAAGAGCAUUUA